GACGCAUGCACUCGCUGCCGCCGCCGCCGCUGCCAUCCUUGAGGCCUUGCCAGCUGCCGGGAGAUCUGCACUGGCCUGGGGAAGGGGCUGGUAACGUCAGCUGGUGCCCUGCCAGAUGGUUGGGCGAGGUGGUGCAAGGUGCCGGCAUCCCGUGGUCGCUAUCCUGGCACUUGCUUCCUAUACUGAAGUAGUCCUGGGCCAAAAACUGUGUCCUAAGUCGAUGGAAAACUAUGUGGCAUCAAUGGUGUUGAGCGCACUGGGGGACACACUGGGCUAUUACAAUGCAAAAUGGGAGUUCCUGAAAAGUGGCCCGGCCAUCCACAGUGAGCUGGCAGCCAUGGGAGGACUUGGCAACUUCAGCAUCAAAGGCUGGAGGGUCAGUGAUGACACAGUGAUGCACCUGGCCACGGCCGAAGCCCUGGUAGCUGCUGGGAGGAAUCCAGAUUUAAUGCAUCUCUAUUCCCUGAUUGCAGAGAACUACAAGGAGUGCAUGAAUGACAUGGACAACAGAGCUCCAGGUUACCUCUCCAUUGUGUUGCCUUGGCCGGACUGCCCUCUGCCUCCUCCCUCCUUGUGGCUAACAUCUCUCACUUUCCUGCAGCUUGGAGCCAAGGCUGGCCUGCUUCUCACCUUAAGGCUCUGCUUUUGUCUGUUGAUUUCAUUGCUUGUAUUUCACACACACAGAAAAGUUUUCUAUGCUCACUACCAGUUUCAGGAUGAACUGAGGGAAUAGAAGAAGGGCAGGCUGAAGUGGUUUGGGCUUCUCAGAGCUAGAUGAGAGAAGAUAACAUUUUGCCCACAUUUACAAGGCAUUCUUACAGGUGUUUGAGGCCUGAUCUUGAGCUCAGGGGAGGAAUGCUAGGUUUUGCACUGGGAAUAUGUCUUUUCCUACACUCUUGAAGGAAAAGCAUGAUUCCAGCCGUGCUGAAUGAGCCAUCUUAAGGCACCACAUGUAAACAGAGAGUUAAUAUAGAAUUUCUGGUAAUAAAUGUUAUACAUUGCACAUAAAAUAUAUUUAAAGGUGCAGAAAUCCUUGCUUGGAAUAAUUAAGUUUAUUAAGCCCAAAGCACACUUUUGGCUAGCUCCACGUCCACUUUCUGUAGCUGAACAGUCAGGUCACAAUUAUCUUUUCUGAGCUACGUAGCUCCAGGUUCUGUUUCUGCACAUAAACACAGUGUUCCAAGUGUAGCCCACAAGCAGCAGGAAUGUGAAGGAUGCAGUGGCCAAGCUGCAUGCAAUAUAUUUCUGUCGUUCCUGGUUCACCCAGGUCUGCUGUCCAACCCUCCCUUGAGGCCCUGUCUUUUCCUGUGCAGAUGGCCCAGCCUAAUCCAGAUGCUUGAAUUAAAUACGAGCAACUGAGGCUAGCCUAGUUUUGGCUACUUCAGGCAGCACAAACUGCCUAGCAAAUACUCAAAUGCUGUGAGGUAAUGCAGAGUUUAUACAGUGAAAAGAAAUAGGUUGCAGACUUGUCUAUUUGGAAGGGCCAAAAUAUAUCAUGAAUGUUCUGUCUUGACAUUAAAGAGGUUUUCCUGGGAAAAUACCUUGCAUUAUUCUUUUAAAGUCACUGAGCAUAGUGUGACAGAGCUGUGCAUUUCUGCAGUGAGCCAGAUGAGAAAUUCAAGCAGGAAUUUACUCUGCAUACCUUUCCAUGGCCACCUCCAACCCUCUCGUAAAGGAUGCAAAUAUCAGCGUUCUGUGAGAUGGAUAAUCCCUGUUGUCAGAGUAGCUUAACAAAUAAAAUAUUUAAGAGGGGGUAAUGAUGCUUGCCAGGAUAGCAGCCAUCAGCAGGUUAAAAUUUCAACAGAAUCACUGCUGUUUUGGAAUAGGAAAGGAAUGUCUUGUAGGUCCCCUAGCUGAUGGGGUCUGCCAAGAUGGAGCAACCACAGCUGGCACUGAGACAACAACUGGAAGCUAAUUCUGCCUCCGCUGUCUAAGCUUGGUGACUAAAACCUGAGCUGAAAAGAGUCUAAAACUGAACUGUUAGUAAUUAAUGGCUAAGGUUGAUAGCAUGCCUGCUGCAGUCCUUAGGUGGGUAACUGUGCCCCUGAGCUAUUCCUAUAUGGAAAUGAAAGAUUUCAAAACAAAUUAGCUAUGGCAACUAAUUGGAGUGACAAGAAAAGGCCAGGUUAGCUGGCUAAAUAAAGAUGUGCAGCUUAGUUAGUGGGAGCUGUGUCCAUGGACACUGACAUCAAAACAUUUUGGAGUGGAAGGAAAUCAAUGUGGAAAAAAUGGAAGUCUAUUGAAAAUGCUCUUGCAACAGCACUCAGGGGUAUUCCUGCUGCAGCCGCAGGGAAGGAGUUGGGCUGGUCUUGGCUUCUGAAACCUGAAAUCUAACACCAAGCUGUUUAAUGCUCACUAACAUACUACUAAAGGGAAUGCCUGAUUCGUAUCGUGACAAGCUGCCUGCAGUCCAGGGUCUCCAUGAUGUAAUGAUAAGUCCUAACAAUAGAAGUUGCCUGCCAGUAGCUUCUUACGGCAAUUCAGAAUAGAUUAUAACUGAGAGCAUAACCUGAGAUGAUGCUUUUCUGGACAAACUGAAUACUCACUGGGGAAUUGCAGCUUUUAGGGUUGAGAAUGGAAAUUUGCUGCUGCAAUUUUAACCCAAUAGAGAGGAGAUUCCCCCAGAAUGGUGGGGGAAAGUCACAUUGCUCACCUACACAAGGGAAUCCAGAUCUGAAAACCAAAACCUAUGAUAUUAAAGGGAUUCCCACAACUUUAUUAGUCAUCAGACAGUCACAGCAGAGAGUAAGGUUGUCUAUCUCAUUGUCUUAAUUCAACGCCAAGUUAAUCCCUACAUCCAUUAUGGCUCUUUGUGACGUGCCACAGCCCCGACCGUAUUUCUUUUUUCACGAUAUAACUACACGGCCCACACAGCUCUCCAGUAAACCUUCUUCAAAACUGCUGCUUUUCAUUCUAAGUCCUCUACCUAUGGCUACACGGUUGUUUUAACCCACCUUUGUUAUAUGUACUGACAGUUUCUAAACAACCGUUACCGUCUGCGCUCAUGUAAGAGUCUAGAUAAAUGGAAUGAAAGCCUACUGUGGCUCUGGGCAGCCUGGUCUAGUGGUUAUAGACCCUAGAUCAUUAUGGUCCUUUUCAACCCAGGCAACUCUAUGAUUCUGGGAUCCUAUAAUAUCAUUCUAUUCCAGAAGUACCAUCUAGUUGUACAUGCAACGUUCUCAGUCCAGCUUUCUCCACACACUGCUUUCUGUUUCUAUUUCUUCUUUCCCUGGAACAGUCCCCUCCUCAGGUCACUUUUCAGUUCUCAUUGUUAGUGAAAGGAAUUCCUAACCAGGAUUUGAUAGGUUUACAGAGUUUCUGGUUUCGGAGACUCCUACAGCAAUUCUUACAAAAUCUGGUUUUCAAAAGGCCCAAGAGCAUGAUUUCAGCUUCGUCUCCCAUCAUCAGUUUUCCAAUGAUUUAACAUUUUAACUGUUUAAAAGCACAGUAAUUUGAACCUCUGGAGCCCUAGCUGUUGUACACUGCUUUGUUCUACUUUUUUUUUUCUUUUCGUUGGCAGGUUAUUAGUGGCAAUGUCCUAAAGUAAUAUGUAUGUUGCAUGAGCAACUGCUUGUUAUUGCAAAAUAACUGGUCUUUGCAGCUUAAGCCUUGUCAUCUUCCUCAUUUUCCUUUCAUUGCAGUUAAUGAAAGAACAAUCUCACUUCUUCUCAAGCACUGUUUUGUUGCCUGCUCUUAAGCUGCCCAAACAUGCCCUGACUAAAUGUUUCCCUUUCAGUUCCAACAA